UACAAUUUUAGUCUGCUGACGCAAGUGAACGACGAAGUGAUACCUCCGCCAUUUGUAGUUAUCAGCGGACAUUUUUCACCGCCAUAUUGCGCGACCAUCUUUUAUAAACAAUAAAUUUAACCCUAAAAUAAUGGCGGACCAAACAAUAAUGUGCGAAGUGGAAAUACAACCCGACAUUCAAGAGUGCGUUGAAAUCGAAGCAAUACCAGUGGAUAUGCCCGACACUGUCGAAACUAUAGUUGAAUGCGGCGAGCCGAUGAUUCCGAUGCAAUCCCUAGAAGGCCGAGACAUUAUCCUGGAGCCGCAGGAAGAAAUAAUCGACGAAUCUGGCGAUCCCCUUAACCUUUACGACGUGCCUAUUCCCGACACAACCGAAAUUUACGUAGAGACUUCGCCCGGUCCUUCCGUUAAACGCAAGAAGCCAAACACAUUAAAAACUCGCAGUCUUCUAAUCAAAAACGAGGCGAUGCUAUGCGGUGAAAUGCCGAUGGAAAAUAAGCCCCGAAAAUGGGAACAGAAGCAAGUGCAAAUUAAAACCAUGGAGGGUGAAUUUUCGGUGACGAUGUGGGCGUCGGGUGCAAGCGAUGAUGAAGGUUCGAAUCCGGAACCGGACCCCGACUACACCGAGUACAUGACCGGCAAGAAAAUCCCAGCCGACGGCAUACCCGGCCUGGACCUCUCCGAUCCGAAACAGCUCGCCGAAUUCGCACGGCCGGGCCUGAAGAGUCCUCGGGUUCGACGUCCGAAUCAGGAUUCGGUCGACAGGACGAUCGCGUGCCCGCACAAGGGCUGCACGAAGAUGUUUCGCGAUAAUUCGGCGAUGCGCAAGCACCUGCACACGCACGGGCCGCGAGUGCACGUCUGCGCCGAAUGCGGAAAGGCCUUCGUCGAGUCGAGCAAAUUGAAACGACAUCAGCUCGUUCAUACGGGCGAGAAGCCCUUUCAGUGCACGUUCGAAGGAUGCGGCAAGCGGUUUAGUCUCGAUUUUAAUUUACGAACACAUGUCCGCAUUCACACAGGCGACCGGCCUUACGUCUGUCCGUUCGACGGAUGCAACAAGAAAUUCGCCCAAUCCACAAAUCUCAAGAGUCACAUAUUAACACACGCAAAGGCCAAAUCCAGAAACUCGAUGGGCCGUUCCAACAGCAACACAAUGCAAAUGCUUCAGCCGCAGUUCGUGCAGGUCGAGGUCGCGGACGUCGAUCAACCCUACAUCGUGUACGCCGAUUAAUUUUAUUCAGAUCAGUGACGACAGUGCUGUUAAACGAAGAGACUGUAUUGCAAUUCUGGAGAACUGAAAUAGUCAACCAAAUACAUAAUCGUUCGCGAUCGGAGAGUUCCCACACAAAAAAAAAAGGGGGUGGGGGGAACUUUGUUCAUUUUUAUAUGUCGCGGAACUGUUUUUAAACAUAUUUAUUGGACGUAGUGAUUUUUUUUUUAAAUUGUAUUUAGGGUUAAGUACAAAACUCAUUUUUUUAAGGAUUUCCAAGUGAAAAAUGUGAUUUUUUUUUGUUUUUAGUUGGUACCUUUGUAAUCCGUUUUAUUUUUUUUUGUUAAAGAAAGAAAGAUAGAACUAAAUUGAUAGUAUUAUUGAUAAUAAAAUUAGUUCUUUCGUCUUUUGCCAUCGUGAUAACUGAUAACUAAGCACUUAUUGUAAAAACAUGAACCACAUUUUCCUAAUGUACAUAAAAUAAAUAAUUUUUCAGUAUAAAA